UUCAGCCCCAUAUCGAAGCCAAAGCCCGUCUGGAAACAGUUUGCAAGGGGUAGUUUAAAGAAGAUUAAGCCGAAACAAAAUAUCGUUUUUAGCUACUUUAAGUUGACCUCUCAAGGUUCCAGUUUUGAUUCUUGGGCAUACAAAUCUUCAUUUCAGACCAUGGUCACAAAAUAAAAAUUGUACAAGGACGUUUUCGAGAAGAUUUUAAGCUGUAUGUGUCGAUUGUUGGUGUUCAGGAAUUAGCAAGCUAGUUAGCACUAGCCUAGAAAUAUUAGCUAGCUAACUAGCCUAGCUUGCUAACGUUAGCUUCAAGUAGUCUGAUUUUCAACUGAGAUGUUUGCAGUAUUUCUUGGAUGUCUACGGACGGCAGAUUGCUGAACCAGAGGGCCUCAAAUGGGAAAAACAAGCAUCGGACAGGAAUAUCGGGGAUAAGCUUCUCGACGUAACUCAGAUUCCGUUGAAGGAUUCUUUGGACCUCUCUACUGCAGCCCUUUUUAAAAGCAGGAUUUUAACGUCACCCAUCCGCAGACAGCCAUGGAAUCGUCUCAAUGCACCCCUUGUCCUGUGAGCGCCCAGGCUGUCGUGGAUCCCGUGCCCCUGCUGUUCAACUGACGGUCGAUGACGAUGCGAUGGAAGCGUGAAUGAGGUUUGGCGUGGCGAUAGCUGAACGAUGCCCAAGGGUGGGGGUUCAAAAACCCCCCAGCUGGAAGACUUCCCACUCAACACUGACAUGGUGGAGAAGCAGAGUGGGAAGAAGGAUAAAGUAUUGUCAAACAAGACUCCUAAAUUGGACCGCAGCGAUGGCGUCAAAGAGAUGAAAGAGAAGGCAUCCAAGAGGAAGCUUCCCUUCACUGUUGGAGCCAAUGGAGACCAGAAAGAUUCUGACUCAGAAAAGCAAGGUCCGGAACGGAAGCGCAUUAAAAAGGAGCCCACCAACACCAGGAAGUCAGGCCUGCCGUUUGGGAUGGGCAUGCCAGGGAUCCGGGCCGGGUACCCCCUCUCUGAGCGGCAGCAGGUGGCUCUUCUCAUGCAGAUGACGGCUGAAGAGUCAGUCAACAGUCCAGACACAACACCAAAGCAUCAGUCACAGUCAAGUCUGGGCCAGAAGGGAACGCCGAACUCUGCAUCUAAAACCAAAGACAAAGUAAACAAGAGAAAUGAGAGGGGCGAGACGAGGCUGCACCGGUCAGCCAUCCGUGGAGAGGCACGCCGCAUCAAGGAGCUCAUCAGUGAGGGAGCGGACGUGAAUGUAAAAGACUUCGCAGGCUGGACUGCACUGCAUGAAGCGUGCAACCGAGGCUACUACGACGUGGCCAAGCAGCUGCUGGCAGCCGGUGCAGAGGUCAACACCAAGGGCCUGGACGACGACACCCCUCUGCAUGACGCAUCAAACAACGGGCACUUCAAGGUGGUAAAGUUGCUUUUAAGAUAUGGAGGGGACCCUCGACAAAGCAACAGAAGGGGUGAAACCGCGUUGAAGGUUGCAAACUCACCAACGAUGCUCAAUCUGUUGCUUGGAAAAGGCACGUAUACCUCCAGUGAGGAGAGCUCGUCAGAAUCCUCAGAGGAAGAAGAUGCCCCAUCGUUUGCCCCAUCCAGUUCGGUGGAUGGAAAUAACACAGACUCAGAGUUUGAGAAGGGCCUGAAGCUGAAAGGGAAGAAAGGUCUGGAUCAGCCCCUAUCCACAACAACCACCCCCGUCAAGGACGAGUAUGAGUUUGACGAGGACGAUGAGGAAGAGCGCGUCCCUCCGGUGGACGACAAGCACUUGCUCAAGAAAGAGUUCCGCAAGGAGUCUCCCAGUGUCACGAAGGCUGGCGGCUUAAUUUCAGUACCGAAGGGGGAAGUGGUCAAAACCUAUUCCAAAAGCAACUCGCUCACACCAAAGAAGGCUGUUAGACGGAUUCUCUCUGACAGCUCAGACGAGGAUGAUGGGACGUUGUGUUUCACACCUAUGCCCACACCACGGCAACCAGCGCCACCUACUAAUACCAAGGCCCGGGACUCUGCUACACUGAGCUCUAAACAGCAGAAAGAGAAGACUAAAGUUAAGAAGAAGCGGAAGAAGGAGACAAAGAAUAAUGUCAGUAAGGAGGUCAGAUUUGGUAAAGUCAAUGACAAAUUCUGCACUUCUGACUCUGAUUGUGGGGACAUAGGGAGUGAGGAUGAUGAAGGCUCUAUGAAGAGCUCGAACUGUAUAAAGGACUCCACAAUGAGCCUAAAAGAAUCCUCUGCGUUCAGUACUCACUCUGCAUCCUCUUCCUCCUCUUCUCAUGGAAGCAUGAGCUCUCAGAAACUGACUCCCUCGCUGACAGAGCAUAACCCAAAGCAGUGGAGGACAGACGGCUGGAAGUCUGUGUCAUCUCCUGUAUGGUCAGAUGUAAGCUCCCUCUCUGACUCGGUUAGAACAAGGCUUUCCAGUGAGUCGGACUACUCCUCUGCCGACUCGAGUGUCGAGUCAGUGAAACAGGUGAGAAAGAAAGCACAGGAAAACAGAAAGAAAAACAAUGUGCACACUAAUGCACUAGACAAAAAGAACUGUGACUUUCACAAGAACUCCAACACAGACAGUACUGUCUCCAAAACGGAUAAAGAUGGCAAAGUGUUGAAAAAGCAUAAAGUCAAACACAAGCACAAAAACAAAGAGAAAGAAAAGGCUCCCAGUUUAGUGCUCAAUCAAGACAUGAACGAGAAAUUUGUGAAAAGCUUCUCGUUUGAUUUUGAUGAUUCAAGGCAAAAGUCACUCCUUGUUGAGACUGAGUCCCCAGCUGAAAGCAAGGUCAAGCUGUCGAAACAUGAAAAAGAGCAUUUGAAAAAGGAGGACAGGUUGUCGAAAGGCAAAUCUGAGGACAGAGACUGGUCUUCUGGAAAAGAGGUGCAAAGAACUGCUAAAGAGGAGAAAUCCAAGAAAACAAGAGAGUCCACCAAGGAGAAGCCAAGCAAGGAGGAGAGGGAAAAGCCCUUGAAAACUGAAAAAGAAAAGAGCCUCAAGGAAAAAGAGAAGCCCAAGGAGGAGAAACAACAAAAGACUCAUAAAGAGGAGAAGAAGAAAAAGUCAAAGGACAAGUCAUCUAAACCAGACAGGAAGAGCAGUGAGCAAAAAGAGGAAAAACAUAUUAAGGUGGAUAAGGAGAAAAAUGCCAGGGAGGAGAAGGAAAAAUCUAAGAAAGAAAAGGUUCUGAAGGAAGAGCCUGAUUAUGAAGUCUAUGAUGUCAGUAACCGUUUCUUAAACCUAGAAGACACCAAGCUCAGUGCCUCAGACGACCACCACGACCGAUGGGCGUCAGACCUUUCCUCUGACUGCGACCUAUAUGGAGAUGACAGCUGGGAUGCUCCUCCUGUGAAGGACUACAAAGAAUAUAAAGCAAACAACACUGUAAAGCUGAUCGUUGAGACUGAAAAAAUAGAGAGCAGAGACCGGAGGAAGGAGAACAAAAUCAAAGACAAGAAAUUAGAUCAUAAUGACAAACGGUCAGAGAAAGAGCCUACCUCCAAGAAGAAAGAGAAAGACUCUUCAGAAAGAAUCUGUGACAAGAAAAAGGAUUUGACCGAAAAACAGAAACUCAACUCCAGCCACUCUGUGGAAAAGGAGAAGAAACGAAAGGAAUCUGCAGAUACUGUCAAAGAGAAGAAAGAGAAGGACUCCACGGACAGCAGUAGAGACCGAAAAGAUUCCUAUGAGUUCACUAAAGAAAGAAAGGACUUGAAAAUCAAACAGGAGUCUAUAAGAGACGAUUAUGGGAAUGAGGCCUCCUUCAAAGAAAUUGAACCUGUUGUCAAACCAUGUGAAAUUAGAGAAAGGAACCAUUCUGGAAAAGAGAAGGACAGAAAGGGAGAUGGGUUGGAAAAGAGAGAAAAGACUAAAGCUGACAAACACAAGGAAAAGCCUAAAGACCGAUCUAUAGAACAGGAUAAGGAGAAGCCUGAGAGGACCUCAACUGAGAAGCUUUUGAAAGAAAAAGACACAGAUAGAGGCUCUAAAGACAAGAAGGAGGGAGCUAAAGACAAAUCCAAAGACAAGGACAGGAAGGUGUCUUCAGAACAAACUAAGGACAAGAAAGAAAAGGCUUCGCAGGACAAGCAUGCUGACCGGGAUAAAGAUGUCCUGGAGGUGAAGAAGGAGGAGCGAAAACCUGAGAAAGUUAAACCUGAGAAAACAUGGUACAAGAUCGCAGACAUUUUCACAGAUGAAAGUGAGGAUGAAGAAGACAAUUACAAUGGGGGUGUGGCCAAGUUAAGUGAUUCCCUUGGGUUGUCCGAUUCUCACAGGAAAGACUCCACAUCUGACAGGGAUGAGCUUGAUCACUUCCAAAUGGAAAAGCCCAGAAAAUAUUCUGCUGAGGCCAAACACACAACAGAAAAACAGAAAGAAAAAGACCACAAGAAAAAAGACAAGACCACAUUUGAUAUGGGGAAAGAGAGGAAGGGUUCGUUAGAGAAACACAACAAAGAUAAGAAAGUAAAGGAUUCUGUUGAUGCAAAACACAAAGAACGCAAAGACAGAAUGUCUGUGGACUCAAACCAAGAGAAGAAAAACAAGCAGAAGCUGUUGGACAAGAGGGACGCCAAUGAGGAAAAGACCAAGAGUAAAUAUAAAGACAAGCAAGAUCAUGUUAAUGACCGAAAGCCCUCAAAGGGGAGUGGGGAAAAUGAAAAGUCGCUCUUGGAGAAACUGGAGGAAGAGGCCAUGAAUGACUACAAGGAUGACUCCAAUGACAAGAACAGUGAGUUAUCCUCAGACAGCUUCACUGAUCAGGUUCAUGAGCCAGUGCUCAGCAGCUACUAUGAUUCCUCCAACAUCAGCCUUCCAGACAUUACUGAUGAGAGACGAGACUCACUCUCCAUAUCUAAUCCUCAAGACAAGUUCAGAGAGAAAGAGAGGCACCGGCAUUCAUCUUCGUCAUCCUCCAAAAAGAGUCAUGACAAGGAGAAGGACAAAGUCAAGAAGGAAAAAGGGGAUAAACAAGACAAGAUAGAGGAAAUAAGAGAAUCCUAUGGACGCAGAGAAAGUCUGCCCUUCGAGAAAGAGCCUAUGCCAUUAGAAGCGGACCCUUACACAUUUCCAUUUGGGUCUAAGGGUGAUAAAGAUGAUUUUGAGAAGACAUUGGAGUUUGAAAAGGAGAUGUCUAAAAAAGCUGACAAAGACAAACUGAGUACUGUCAUCAGUGAUAAGAUCAAGGACAAAAAGAAAAAAGAGAAACAUAAGGAGAAAGUCAAAGAGGAGAAGCACAAGUACACGGAUGGCUUUGGAUCCCUGAAACACUCCAAGGAGGAUAUCAAAUCUGGAUUGAAAGAGAGUCCUCAAAUUACCAAUUUGAAGGAAAGAUCAAAGGAAGACAGUCCCAAAUUUGAUGUGAAAAAAGAGAGAAACCGAGACUCUUUGGACAAAGACAGUAGGGUGGACCAUGUUAAGUCCAAGGUUAAAGAAGAAAAUGAAAAAGUAAUUCAAUCUAAAGACACAGCUCGAAAAGACAACCGUCCACGUUCAAAGCUUCUGGUUGAUGGGGAUCUCAAACUAACCAGCUUUGGGCAAAUGUUAGGUUUAAAAGACCAGGAGAUUGAAGAACGCCAUAAGAAGCAUAAGGAGAGGAUGAAGCAGAUGGAGAAACUAAGACACAGAUCAGGGGAUCCCAAACUUAGGGAUAAAACUAAGUCCACUGAGGAAAUAAAGAAAAAUCGCAAUGAACUAUCAUCCAAAAAAUCAAAUAGUUUAGAAUCUGCAUUGAAAGAGAAGAAGCUCAAAGAUGUUGGUCUCCCAGCCCAAAUUAUGUCUCCGGAAAGAAAGCCACAACUCAUUGACACUCAAAAUUCAAAGGACUGGCUUGCAGGCCAACAGAUGAAAGAAAAUCUCCCUGCCUCACCUCGGCAAGAUCAGAAUAGACCAACGGGUGUUCCCACCCCCACAUCUGUAAUCUCUUGUCCCGGCUAUGAGGAAAUCAUGCAGACGCCACGGACUCCAUCCUGCAGUGCAGAGGACUACCCUGAUAUAAUGUUUGAUGGGUUAGAUUGUCAGAACUCAUCAGCCAUGGCCAUGUCUAUGAAUGCCUGCUCCCCAUCCUUCUUUGACAGGUACUCCAACUCAUCGCACACCUUCCAAGAAGGGACUUGUAUAACUCCGGCUAAGAAUCUCCAGUUGCCCCUUGUCAGUCGAUCGGCUUCUUCUGAUGUUAGAAGACCCCUGGAAGAUGAGUUCAAAGCUGAAGCUGGCAAGUUUCUACAACACAUUUUGCCAGACGCCUCUGAGUUUGACUUGGCAGCCUCCCAGCCUCCAGAGGACAAGGCAGCAUCAGUGGAGAGACUUGAAUGCCUGUCUCCUCCUUACUUCUCACCUAUUAGGAUGCUAUCUCCCGGGCUGGAACUUGCCCAGCCUGCACUAGAUGGGGCCACCACAGCAAUGACUGGCACAGAGACCUGUGAACACCUACCUGAGAGUGUCUACAACAACUUCCUGAUGAAGCCCUCAACGCCAGUCCACAGACCUGACCCCCAGGAGCCGUGUCUGGACAUUGCUGCUCCACCCACCCCUGCACCUGCUGCUCUUCCUCCCCUGGAUAUUGAUGACCUUUCUGAGCCUCAUCAAAGUGAGCACAGUCUUGUUCCCUCUGACCCAGUCAGUGGCAGUGAGUAUCUGCCCCCUGUUGUUGAGGAGGAGGAGGAGGACGAGGAGGAAGAAGAGGACUACGAAGAGGAGGAGGAGGAAGACGAAGAAGAGGAGGAGGAGGAAGGGGACCUUGAAGAACCAACAGAUGCUGAUCAUCAUGCUGCUGAGGAGACGAGGGACGUCUGCUCAUUCUCUCCUCCAAGGGUUGAAGAGCCUUUGAGGAAGGGCUGGGCUGAAUCUCCUGAGAGAAGAGUUGCAGAGGUGCAUCAGUUGACUCCCCCACAUCCACUACCCAACCUGGUGGAGAACUCCAGUGAUCAUACCAUCAGCUGGAACUCUGAGAUGAUUUUGAAAUCUCCUCAAAGGACUUAUGGGGAAAUAGAGGCAGCGGUCUCCAAGAUAACCAGCCCCUUCUCGCAUUCAGACAGUGAUUUGCAGCACAUUACUGCCAUACCUGGCCAUCCAUCAGUGACCCCUCCAUAUGCUGCUUACAGGUCUUAUGUGCCUGACCCUGACUUUGACGAGCAAAAAGAGGCUGUGGAGGACAUUCCAAUUUCUCCAGCAAGACCUGAAAUGACACCUAUGGAAUUGGAACCAAACUACUUGACAACCACCUCAUCCUCCACAAGGUUAGAGUCUUUCUUCACAGACUGCAAGCCAAACUUGGAGGAUAAUCACCAGAUGGACUCAGAGCUUUCUUGUGCAGUACAAGAUGGCAGACAAAACUCCCAUGGCUUUACUUCUGAGAGCCAUAUGCCUCUUGCAGUAAGCAAUGACCCAGUGGUGCCCUGGACAGACCCGUUCUCAGCUACAGUGGAUGAGCUUGAUGAUCUUGGCCCUUUCUCUCUACCUGACCUCCCUUCUCUCUCCCUCCCGACCUCCCUGCCAGACAAGGAGAUGCCAGAGCUUGACGUCAGAGAUGCAGAGCCAGCCGACUACAAGCCUCCACCUGCUCAUAUAAGGCCUCCUGCUAUUGAAACAAUAGAGGGUGAAGAGCUUAUGGAAGUUGACCUGCCUAACCUGGCCAAACCCCUGUGCCCUCCCGAGGUCCUACCACUCAAUGAUUCUUUGCAGGAUUUGGUUGUGCCCUCACCAAAACACAAUUUCCAACCAGAAUUUGAGUCUGAGCCUCAGAAUGUCCCUGAAAAUAACUUUGUGAAACCACAGGUCUUUGAAAACAGAGCCACAUAUGAAGAGACUGAUGAGAGUGAUGGAAACAUAAUGUUCUCAGCUGUUAAUACAAACAAUACUCAGCAUCACAGGCAGAUGUCACUGACCGAGUCAUUAUCAGUUGUAAUUACUCCAUGUAUGGACUCCUUGACAACUGUUAAACCAGAACAAAGUGGGCAGAUAUCAGAUCCCUUUGUUGGGCCAACUUGCAGUCCAGUCCCCUCAGUUCCUCUACCAGUUGCUGUCACGAUUUCUGGUACAGUCCAUGUUUCGGAGGCUCUUGAGACAACAUCUAAGCUCACGGUCACUCUGACAACAUUGUCAACUGACCUUCCCAAGAAGGUGGAGGAGAUCCCACAGAGGAUGACCAGAAACAGGGCCCAGAUGCUGGCAAAACAGGAGAAUACCACCACCACCACCACCACAAAAAAGCAGAGUAGUAGAGUAGUAGCAGAGAGUACAACCACCACCACUAUACCUGCUAGCGUGAUACCUCCAUCUGCCCCUACCCCUGUCACCAUGAGCAUGGCUGUAACCACAACCACCCCUAUUCCCACCCCUACUUUUGUCCCCUUUGUUGUUCUGGAGAAAGAAAAGGAACUUGUCACCACUAUCUCCACCACAGCAGCCAUUACCCCGACUCCUCCGCCGCCGCCUCCUGUAGUGGUCAGCAAAACUAAAGGGCGGCCUGUGGAGGAAGAGGAAUCCCAGACGCAGCAUCCACGCAAGAGGAAGUUCCCCAAACCGCAGGUUCAGCUGGUCAACACAGCCAUGCAGCAGACCAGGGAGAUGAUUCAACAGACGCUGGCUGUCAUUGUCAAUGCCAUCAAACUGGAUGACAUAGAACCCUACCACAGUGACCGCUCUAACCCUUACUUCGAAUACCUGCAGAUACGGAAAAAAAUAGAGGAGAAGAGGAAGAUAUUGUGCUACAUCACACCACAGGCCCCUCAGUGCUACGCUGAGUACGUGACCUACACAGGCUCCUACCUGCUGGAUGGCAAGCCUCUCAGCAAGCUGCACAUCCCAGUGAUUGCUCCACCUCCAUCGUUAUCGGAGCCCCUGAAGGAGCUCUUUCGACAGCAGGAGACAGUGAGGGGGAAGCUGAGACUGCAGCACAGCAUAGAGAGGGAAAAGCUUAUUGUCUCGUGUGAGCAAGAAGUACUGCGGGUCCAUUGCAGAGCGGCAAGGACGAUAGCCAAUCAGGCCGUCCCAUUUAGUGCCUGCACUAUGUUACUGGACUCUGAGGUGUACAACAUGCCAACAGAGAGUCAGGUGCGUCUGUGGGUGGUCAAAAAGGGUGAUGAGAACAAGUCAGUGAGAGAUCGCUUCAAUGCUCGCCAGUUCAUUUCCUGGAUUCAGGAUGUGGAUGACAAAUAUGACCGCAUGAAGACGUGUCUGUUAAUGCGGCAGCAGCAUGAGGCAGCUGCCCUGAACGCAGUGCAGAGGAUGGAGUGGCAACUGAAGGUGCAGGAGCUGGACCCUGCUGUACACAAAUCUCUGUGCGUCAACGAGGUCCCCUCCUUCUACGUGCCAAUGGUUGACGUCAACGAUGACUUUGUGCUGUUGCCCGCGUGACAGAAACAUGCACUCGUUCACAGAGUUAGAGGUCAAAUAUCAUCACUUAUCAAAGAGACAUCAAACAGAACGUAUGGUAAGGGCUAGCCGGUUUGAAGAGGAAUAAAACCUAUAUAUUAUAUAGAAAAAAUUCAAAGAAAAAAAAACUUGCUAAUGAUUCUCUUCCAUGAGAGGAGGAAGCAUCUUUUUACCGGGGAAAAACACAACUUGCACUUUCAUCCCUCAAGUUUUUAUGCUUUUGUUCAGAAUAUAAAAAGCAAAAAACGGCUUUGCUUUGAAGCGCCCAACACCACCUCCCUUUUAGGUGAUGUUUGGACAGAGAAUAGGGGAGAAAUAUUUUUCUGAAUUUUUUGGUCCCCGUAAAUGAAACCACAAAGGAACGCUGGAGAGGAGCCCUCCCACCAUUCUGAAUCAUCUCCUGGUGGAUGGGGAUGAGGCACCACAGUGGACACAGAGCUCCAGGUGAGCCUUGAGGAGGAGAAAGCAGCACAUGGUCAGAAGGGCAUGCAUGCGCGAUGUGGUGGUGUAACAUGUGGCAUUUGCGGGGCCUCUAGCCUCUUCCUGUUGAAAGGAUAGGAGAGUCUGUGUGGAUGCUGUCUUUCUGGUCGGGACCAUAAGACCACACUCAGUCAGAGAGCCUCAGUCCUCUCUGUCCACAGCCCACCACCACACCCGGUAGAACCAGCAUCCUGCCCCGGAGCAGAGCAGAGUACAGCCAAGGGUCCAUAGAGUGUGUCAGGGGGUUAAUGCCGGAGGUGUAGAGACGGCAUCUUCCGCCUCAUGGCCUGGGCAGAGGAGUGAGGCAGAGAAUGGGGAUGAACCGGAGCAUCCCCACCAGAGUCUGGUCACCUGGCUCUGCAUGCAGGAAGAACCAGCCUCUGACACUCUGCCAAGAUAGGUAGAACACACACACACCUGUUCACCUGCAACUAUGACUGCAAAUGGAAAAACAGGAUAAAAGAAUAAUACAAGAAUGUUGCGAUUCAAAGAUUCAAGACUAAACAGAUGGUGGUUUAGAGGAGAAUAUUCUUCUUUUUGUCUGUUUCUUUACUUGGGCAUUUAAUUGUUUCUGAGGAAGUGACUUGAAACACUACAGAGCCAAUAUUAGUUUAAUGGGAAAAAAGAAAACUGAAAAAAAAUUGUAUUCCGUAAAUGAUGUACAGUUUUUAUAUUCGUUAACCAAUGUAUUCUUGCUGCCUUCUAGAUAAUUUAUUUUGCCACACAUUACUGCACAGUUGUAAAUAACGUAUGUACUGUAACAUCACUCAGUUAAGUGUAAAAAAAUAAAUGAAUAAAAAUGAUCUUUGUAUGUACAGUUCACUUUCGGGCAGCACUUUCCCCCUCAUACCCAUGGGCCAAAAUGUGCACACGUUGUCAGUAUUUUAAAGACUCCAGUGCACAGUUGUAACGUUCCCAUCUAUAGGUUUUGUCCAGGGCUGGUCAAAAUAAGUUACCUGGUUUGGAAUCACCACAACGUACAUAGGUAGUACAAAACCCCACCGUUUUGAACAAUGCCCAAACUAAGGGCCACAACUAUAGUCCUCAGAUGUAGCAAAAUGGUUAUAAAAUGAUUUAAAGAAUAGAAUAGUUAUAUUAGUCAUUGCUUUAUUACACAAUUAUAUCUGAAAAAAAUCUAAACCAAGAAAAUGCCUUUUUACAGUGAAUAUUUUUAAUUUACUCAGUGUUGGGCAAGUCAAACAAGGGUGCUUCUGGAUUGGUCAAGAAAGAAAUGCCACUAACAAGAAAAACCAUAACAUUUAUAAUUCUGGGUGGGAUUUUCUUUUUGUCUUUUUCUUUCUUUCUUUAAUCUACCCAUUAAUUUGACUUUAAUUGUAUGUGUGGGUCUUUAUGAAUAAUAUUCAUCAUGUUGGAGAAUUUUCAAGCCACAAGACUAGGGAUCUGAUAGCCAGCUCAAUAUUUGAAAUCCUUAACUUCCCUUUUUGAAUGUCACUGUCAUAGACAUCAUAUACAGGUUAACUGUUUUUCAGGCCACAUCAGAUUGACAUGAAUGUUCCUGAUCUCUUCUGUAUACCACCUAAAAAGAUACAGGCCACAUUCCAUAUUGGUUUUUAAAAACGUAUUCUUGCUUUAAUUCUGGAAUGUGUUAGCUUCCAAACUCCCUGGGUCCAUACGUGAACAUUACAAUUUUUUUUAACUUAAAAAAAAUAUCUUGUCUCAAAAUGCACAUCAGCCAAUUCAAAUCGUUGACGUAGUUGCAUGUGAUAAGAUGCUAAAUGUUAGCUGUUCCCAUUACAUAACCAGACACACACAGCCCUAUGCUAACCUGACCUGACGGCAGUGAUUGUCAGGUUACAAAUUCUGCAUCAGUCAAUUUCAAAUCUUGACUUAGAUGGAUGUAAUAGAACCCUUUUCUAUGAGAGAACUGGACCAAUAACUCAACGCAGCGAGCCUGGCUCCUGGUCAUUUUUGCCAUUUGCAACUGUCUGCCACUUCUCAGAAUGGUCCUUGUUGAACUUCUAAAAGCCUUUGGAGAUUGGGGGGGGGUUCUCCUAAGCUAACAUAUGGAAAUAUUUUAAUAUGGUCAUACCGUGGAUCAUUUAGUUUUUUGAUUUAGAAUUUUAGGAUCCCUCUAGGUAUGAAAAAAUAUACACAUUUUUGGGGAUACAAUUGUGAAUUUGGGCUUUACUACUAUAGACUAUAGAAACAAAUUGAAUAACACAUUCAUAAAUGGAAAAACAUACAGUAAAAAAAUGUAAUAUAAGGAAUAAGGUUUUGAAGUGUCUGUCCUAUAUCUAGGAGAUCAGGAAAUGUACAUAUAUUUUUGGACACAUAUUUAACUGCUUUUUUUGGGCACAAAACUACCUCCAUACUUCCAUUCAUUUGUUUUAAAACCGAUACCAGGGUUAUAUGUACCGUGACAGUUGUGGGGGUCAUAGAGCAAAACCACGACCCCAUUGUGUUCUUGACAGUAAUCUUUCCAUAGAGUGGUCAUAUUAGUUAGUAGGCCAACCGUUUGGACGCUAUAGACAUUUUCGUGAGAAGGCUGAUUUUCAAAAUGUCUCCUGGUCUGACAAACAGCGCUGUAGCUCUGCCACCUACCACCGCAGAUGUGGAAGGCCGACAUAGGCGGAUGCAGUGGAUUGAGAUGCAUCCCAUGCAAAACAACACAUCUCUAGCUUAAACUGGCAGAUUUUUAUGGGGAUUUUUUUUAUGUUUAUUAGAUUGUCACACAGGUACGUCAAUAGACUUAAGGAUUUAAAUAAAGUUUAGAUCAAAGCGGAGUCGUUGUCUCGCAAGAUCACUUAAUGAUUCAUUAGUAUUCUACAUAGGCCUAACAUACUGAAUAUAAAAGCAUAGUAUAACUCUACUGUUAGACCAAAAUCAUCUUUUAUUUUCUUAUUGAGGCUACAACAUUUUAUAUGCAUUAUUAGAAUCAUCCUCUUGGUGUAAGAGCUGUUUGAAAUUUCAGCUUGUUUGGCUGGGUGGGGUUUUUGGACUGCCCGGUGACAUCACCAGGCAGUAUAAGUUUAAUAGGCCAAUAAUUUAGUUUUCAGGUUACACAUCCCUCCCAUUAGGCUCCUCCAAUUUGGCCCCUCUUUCCACUCCCAGACAGUCCUAGCAAAGUUCUUGCUGGAGAAUCAACUUUUUUUUUUAGAAGCUACUGUAUUUUUGACCAUUUUAAUUGAAAACUAUCACAGUAAGGUACUUAAUUGUUACCCAGAUAUUGAGAUAAAAAUGUUGGCAUUAGACCUUUAACAAAAAAGCUUGACAUGAAGGGGCCUCUAACGGCCUUAGCGGCAUAUGACUCCUCGCAGCGAUGGUAGUAGGGGUACAUGAUGGCUAUUUGACAAGACCAUAAGGCUCUUCAACUUUCUUUUUUUUUUUUAUAGCAAUGUACAAUUAACUUAAAUGACCUUUAUCUUUUUCCCGUUAAAGCACACGGAUGUGUGUGAAAAGGAUAAGCAAAAAUUUUGCCAUAUAUGCGAAAACAUGCCUUUUGAAUUUUGCCUAGUUAGUAGCUAGUUAGUGGCUAGUAGCAGCAUAGUCAAGGAUGCGUCAUGCAAUGUUGGGACGCUAUACUUUACAGACCAAGUGGAACAAAAGUAAACCUUGAAUUUGGAGGCUUACAAUAUCCCUCUGGUGGAAAACUUGACCUAUAAUUAGAAAUGCCAUUUGGUUGGUGGAUAUAACAUCUGCGAUCUUUGAUAGACUGAUGUGGAAUUUGUUCCAGGAAAUAAUCACUGCCAACUAAUCAGGUUAGCAUAGGGCUAAAUGUGCCAGGUUAUGUAAUGUGGAACAGCUAACGUAACAUUGUCACAUGCAACUAUGUCAUGAUUUGAAAUGGCUGAUGCACAUUUUGAGACAGAGAGAGUUUAAACUCAAACUUUUUCUAAUGUUCGCAAGUAUGGACCCCCUCUAUCUAGUUUUGUACAGUAGUGGAGAUAUGUUUACAGUAGUAGAAAGUGCUACUCUUCAAAUACUCAAAGGGUGAUCAUACUCCUCUGCGUAACAUAGGUAAAUUGUUUAUUUGAUGUAAAAGAACUAGGUUUGACUUACAUGCCCAUGAAUGAGAUCUUUUUUAAUUAGCCUUUUAAUCAAAAUCCUUUUUUGUUCAACUCAGAAAUCCUUUCUAUGACCAAUCACCCAGUUUAUUCAGAACUAUUUAGUGGACAGAUAUUAACAGGCAGGUAGUUUGUUUCACUAUAGCUUCUCAACUGUUCCAAGUGUAGGUGUAUGUAUUUGUCAGGGGUUUCUUUGAUUCAUAUUCAGUAGGCCAUCAUACUUUACUCUAUUGGGUUGUUUACCAUGCUAAGAGUAAGGCCAAGACUAGACAAUUAUUCAACUUUCACCUCAAUUUCAUGAACCAAAAAGCAGACUUAAUUAACUCGUACACAAAGGGGGGAAGAAUGUUGCAAAAGUGAUAGUUAAGGAUGUUCAUGUUUUUUAUCCAAUUGGAAUAUUGAUUUGUGAGAAUUGAUUGUUUCUUCAUUUUUGGUGGGUCCUGAUUUGUUUAUUUUUUGUGUUUUGACCUACCACAUAGGAUGCCUGUCAGUCAUCCUAAUGGCAAUAUCAAGUGACAUGUUGUGACGUUAUGUACACACGUUCAACAUAGCUGUGUAUGAUAUGUCUAUUCAAGUGCAAUGGGUGUUGCUACUCCAGUGUACGGGCAGUUGACUAGUUGUAGUCCUGGACAUUUUGAAAGAGGAAAAUCUAGUCAUAAGGCAGUAAAAUCAUAAAUGAAUGCCAUAACACAGGUAGUCAGGGUCAUGUAGACUUCAGCAGUUUGAUUAAAGCCCUCAAUUGUUUUAUUAUUUUAUUUAUUUUGUAGCUUUUUUCUGAGGGGGAUGGGGAGAUUUGUCAACAGAAUUCUUGUGUGUUUCAGAUCCGUGUAUGUAGUGUUGGGUGUUGUCUUUUUGUCUUGUGUUUUAUGCUUCGUACAUAAGAAAAAAACCAGUGGCAUGUCAAUCACUUCUUAUGAGCAGAAUGUAUACCGUUACUACACCCUCACACCCUCAAUAUUGUUUACAAGACAUCAAGUGUGUUUCGGUUUCGUGUCUCUCACCUUAAUGGUUUGAGCCCUGCCUUGAUUUCUUUAUUUGAUCAUUUAUUGAACCACAAAGGCUUGAAAUUGUGAUAGUUAAUUACAGUGUCAAAUCCAACCUCGGUAUUCAAAGCUUACAGCAAACAUACAGAGCAAUAGUUUUAACCUUUUAAAAUGUGUAUUUUUCAUUAGCAUUUAUUUUAAUACAUUUGGUUGAUAAAGACAACAUCCCCUGUGAUUUUUGUCCAGACACUGGUGUCCCUUACACAUGUCCAAAUAUUAUUUCCAAAACACACCAGUGAAGAAUAAUUUCUAUUAGGAAAUGUAACAAACACCUGUCUCAUUCCCAUCUCCCCCCAUACAGUGAACCACUUGGUAAUGCCCUAGAUUACCCUGUGACCUCUCAUCAGUCUGUAACAAGUUUGCUCUACUGUGUCCAUCUGAGUGUUCAUUUAAUAUUUAACUGGACAUACUGUUAUUUUGCAUAAUAGAAUCACAAUUUCAAGCCUUUUUCUAGUUUUCUUUUUCUCCUUUAUUGAACAAGACAGUAGCUUAUUCUUUAGAAUGGGAAAUGACUAAUAAAGCAUGGAGAACUACUCUUUAAAUGGUAACAAAUAACAUAUUUAUUAUCUUUCCGACACCUGUGGUAUAUUUCAGUUAAAGGUCUCCGCUGUGUAAAUUUUCCUCCUGUAAUGCGUUGGAGACAUUGUACAUAGUUGUAAAUAAAUAUCCCAGGACGUUUUGCACCCUCCUCUUUGUACUAGUCUAAACUUGCGUAGAAUGUGGGGUUCUAACAGCAACGAGACAGUGCGUUCGCUGCAGGUGAUGUAACAAUGUCACUUUUUUUAUUUGUACAAUGUAGUUGAAUUGUGUACAUAUUGUUGGAGCAGCUAUGGGGGAAGGGGUUUGUUGAUGCUAUCGUCAGUGCUGUAAAAGAUCCAGUACUUUCACCUCUAGCUGUGUUGAUUUCCUGCAAAAACAAAGGCGAGAAAAUAAAAAAUAGAAAAAUUCUAAAUUGUUAUUUUCUACAGUUGCAUGUACAGAGAGCGCGAGAACUGCUGUUGUUCCUCAGAGAUUAUGUUCGUAAAUAAAAUUUUGAAAUAUU